GGUUCUCACUAACCCUACCGGCCCUGAUUUCUCCACCCACCGUAACAUUAGCUUUUCGGAGAGAAGAAUGCCUCCGUUUUCGGGCACGUUGCCCUCCUCGGCCGGCCUCAACCCGAAGCGGCAAGAGCCCAGCAUCGUAACCCUCAACGUCGGCGGUCAGCUCUUCCAGACCACCCCCCAAACCCUCUCCCUCGCCGGCCCCAAAUCCCUUCUCUCCUCCCUCCCCUCCUAUUCUUCUUCUUCUUCUCCUUCUGAGAUCCCCUUCGUCGACCGCGACCCCGAGUUCUUCUCUCUCCUCUUAUCUCUCCUCCGCACCGGCCGCCUCCCCUCCUCCUCCUCCUCCGCCUUCGACCUCGACGACCUCCUCGCCGAGGCCCGCUUCUACGGCCUCGACCCCGACCUCCUCCUCUCCCCUCUCACUAAUCCUUCCCUCUUCGACCCCUUCGCCCUCCGCCGCUCCCUCGCCCUCCCCCUCCCCGGCCGCGACCCCCCAUCCGCCAUCUCCGCCGGCCCCUCGGACUCCCUCCUCGUCGCCCACGGCAGCAAGAUCACCGCCUUCGACCCCACCCUUCGCCGCCGCGCUACCGCCCUCACCCGCUUCCCCGCCGUCGAUUCCCUCCUCGCCCUCUCCCCUUCCCUCGCCGCCGCCGGCGCCACCGAUUUCCCCGGCCUCCACCUCCUCGAUCUCACCCACGCCGGCUCCGUCGCCCGCGCCCUCCACUGGUCCCCCCUCCCUGCCACCGCCACAACCUCCUCCCCCGCUGCCUCCGGCGCCACCGUCCAGGCCAUCGGUGCCUCCCCCGAUCUCCUGUUUGGCAGCUUCGAGUCCUGCCGGAGGAACGCCAGCGCGAUCCUCGCCUUCGAUCGCAACACCUUCGAUCCCGUCGCCGAGAUCGGUCGCCGGGAGAUCUACGGUGCCGAGCUCGACUCUGCCAUCCCAGCCACGAAACUGAACUGGAUCCACGGAUUCAACCUCCUGAUGGCCGCCGGAUCCCACGGCGGCCCCUCAGGGCUAUUGGGCAACAUCAGGUUGUGGGACGUGAGGUCCGGCGACGCCGUGUGGGAUCUAAAAGAGAAAUCCGACUGCUUCGCCGACAUCACGGUUUCCGAUGGCCUCUCGGCGAUGUUCAAGGUCGGAGUAAACUCCGGCGAGGUGUUCAUGGCGGAUCUGAGGAAACUGAGCGCCGACGAGCCGUGGGUUUGCCUCGGCGACGCGAGGAAGGCGGCGACGGGGAGGAAAGAGGGAAGCGGGUGCCGAAUCGAGAGCCACGGGAGGCAAGUGUUUUGCAGCAGGGGAGGGGAGGUGGAGAUGUGGACGGAGGUGUUGAUGGGGCCGUCGACGAGGAGCAGCGAAGAUGGAUUAAAUGGGGAGAGAAUAAUGAGGAGGAAUAUGAUGGGAAGGGCCAAGGAUGCUGGAGAGAAGAAGAUAACGUUGCUGGGGUUUGGGGGGAGUAGGAUGGUGGUGGCAAGGAAGGAUGAGCAGUGUGUGGAAGUGUGGGAGAGCUCAGCUAGGAGUUGACAAGGUGGUGAUCAGGUCUCUCAAUUGUGAAGCUGCUACUUCCUUCUGAAUUUUGGUUUCAAUUUUAUUUGAAAAAAAAAAAGAUUGGAGAAAAGUUUCAGGUGUGAUUACAGGUGUGGAUACAUGAAGAUUGAUUUGAUUGAUUA